CUCCAAUCUCCAGGAGAGCUCGACGACACGAGCUCGAGUCACGCAUCAGGUCGACGAUACUCAGGACACUUCGAGACGGAAGCUCGGCAAGCGCAAUGGUGGAACGCAAGGGAGAACGCGUCAGGUUGUACGUUCGGGGUAUCAUCCUCGGCUACAAGAGAUCUAAGUCUAACCAGUACCCCAGCACCUCAUUGAUCCAAAUCGAAGGCGUCAAUACCGCGGAAGAUGUGAACUGGUACUUAGGAAAGAGACUCGCAUAUGUAUACAAGGGAAAGACCAAGAAGAACGGAUCCCUUUUCCGUUGCAUUUGGGGCAAGGUUGCCCGGUGCCAUGGUAACAGUGGAGUUGUCCGCGCCAAGUUCAGAAAAAACCUGCCGCCUGCUUCUCUGGGCGCUAAAGUCAGGGUGUUCAUGUACCCCAGCCGCAUUUGAAUUGGCGAACAGAAAGUAGUUAAUUGAAGUUUAUACUCUGGAGCAGGCAGGCGAACUCUUCAGCGAAGAAAGAUGAUGGCUUGUCAAAGGACAUCAUUGAAUUCCGUCCUCUGGCCCGAGGGUUUUGUAGCAACCUACACCACUUUUUUUAUUCCACAAGUCACAUGUCUUUCACGGCUUCCCGCGAACAUCAUGGUGUAGUACACUCUGAUUGCCCUUGAGGUUGUGCUGAAGAGGAACCUGAGUUGCACAUGUUAUGUUCAAUUUUGCUGGAUAAUAUUAUCAAUGAGAUUUUGAUGUCAAUAUUCAAAAUUGAGGUUCAACGGAGAAACACCUUAGGGAUUAAUUUUCCCAAUCCGCCUGAAUCUGAUGCUUUAUCAACUGCAUUAUUCAAACUCCUUUCUCCCUGUUGUGAACA